AUGUCGAAGCCAAGAGGAUUGAACACAGCCCGGAAACUCAAGACCACCCGCCGCGACAACAAAUGGGCGGACAAGGCAUACAAGAAGCGUGCGCUCGGCAACUUCUACAAAUCGUCCCCGACUGGAGGUUCCUCGCAGGCCAAGGGCAUUGUCCUUGAGAAGGUCGGUGUUGAGGCCAAGCAGCCUAACUCUGCCAUUCGCAAGUGUGUCCGUGUGCAGCUGAUUAAGAACGGCAAGAAGGUCGCGGCCUUCGUCCCCAACGACGGUUGUCUUAACUUUGUCGACGAGAACGAUGAGGUCCUCAUCUCUGGCUUCGGAAGAAAAGGCAAAGCCAAGGGUGACAUUCCCGGUGUCCGAUUUAAGGUUGUCAAGGUCUCUGGUGUCGGCCUUCUCGCCCUCUUCAAGGAGAAGAAGGAGAAGCCACGAUCGUAG